AUGGCCCGCGCCGCCUCCCCAGCUACACCCCGCGCUCCCCGGCUCCUCCGGGCUGCGAUGCUGCUCCUGCUUCUGGUCGCCGCCUGCCGGCGCGCAACAGGGGCGCCGGUGGUCACUGAACUGCGCUGCCAGUGCCUGCAGACCGUGCAGGGAAUUCACUUCAAGAACAUCCAGAGUGUGAAGGUGACGCCCCCAGGACCCCACUGCGACCAAACAGAAGUCCUAGCCACUCUCAAGAAUGGGCAGGAAGUUUGUCUCAACCCUGCAGCCCCCAUGGUUAAGAAAAUCAUCGAAAAGAUGCUCAAAAAGCACCAAAUGAACUGAAGAAAAGGAAGACACUUAAAAGUUGCUGUUCCCUCCUGAGAUGAAUCAGAUUGAAAACAGAAGAUAAACAAAUGAAUCCUGGAGCCACUGGGACUAUUUUUAAAGUGCUUGACUAUUUUUCA